AUGUCGGGCUGCCGGGAUCUUUUACUCACUUUCAAUGGUCGGGUUGCAAUCAUCACUAUCAACAGACCUAAGAAGCUCAAUGCUCUGACCGGAUCUCUUUAUUUCGCUCUGGGAGAGCUACUGCGGCAGAUCGAUGAAAGGGACGACAUUGUUAUCACCAUCCUCACUGGAACGGGCCGCUUUUUCUCUGCUGGAGCCGACGUGAGCGCGGGCUCCUCGGAGGAUAAUGGCAGCAGCGAGAACCCUCGACUCGCCGCAUUGCGAUCGUUUGCCGCAAUAACACUUGAUGUCACACGAGCAUUCUAUCAGCAUCGAAAAAUCCUUGUCGCUGCACUCAACGGACCGGCAGUGGGUCUCUCGGCUGGCCUCGUGGCUCUGGCUGAUUUCAUAUACGCCGCUCCCCAUACGUACUUGCUCACCCCGCUCUCUUCCAUCGGCUCUCUUGCCGAGGGAGCGUCAUCCCGUACCUUUGUACAACGACUCGGACCCAGCAAAGCCAAUGAAGCACUCAUCAUGGGCAAACGUAUCACUUGCGAUGAGCUUGUGGCGUCCGGGUUUGUCAACGAGGUCUUUUCACCAGCAUCCGGCAAACAGGACGAUAGUGCAGGCUUUCUCAGGGAAGUCAUCAACGAGGUCAACGAGCGACUUGGUCCGCAUCUUAACGACAGCAGCAUUUUGGCAAUCAAGGAACUGAUACGUGAAGGGGAAAGAGACAUCUUGGAUCAUCAAAAUCUCCUGGAGGUUUUUGCCGGUACCGAACGUUUUGCGAAAGGUAUCGUGCAAGCCAGUUUCAAGGCCCUCGCUAGCGGUGCGAGACACAAGCUAUGA